UGAUUAAAGUGCUUUUGGAGCUUCUAUGAAAUAGUUUUAUGGUAGAGUAAUUGUUUCAAGUGUUUCAUUGCUGUUUUUGAAGUUGUUCUGAGCCAUUCAAGUUGUUAGUUGUACCUUCAUUAUUUGCUAACAUAUUUAUCUUUUCUGUGGGGGAAAACUGUUGAGAAAUAGUCUGUGGUGUGGGGACAUAUUCUCAUUUGUUUGAUAUUGGUUUGCCAGAGGCUGAAAGUUUUUCUAGUAGAUAAUGUCUGUCUUUGCUUAGGUUCUAGUGGGCAUGAUUAGAGUAUUUUUCUCACUAGUUUAAAGCACCUUGAAGACCAUUAUCAUUAUCCUGCUUCAUAUUGUUUGGAUUUGGAAAACAGUUAAUCUUUUCUUUUAGUUUAUACUUUACCUGUAUUUACAUCUCAAUCAAAGAGCGGAGCUUCUUUAACUUUGAGCGAGGAGUUCAGGAAUGCAGUGGUCAUUCCCAAACAAGGUUUCAGUCCUUCCUCAGUUCCUUUCCUUCAAGACCAAUCAGGAAGACAGGCCUAGAAAGACUAUUAUUGAUUCACUAGCUUCAUCUGGAUAUAUGAACAUGCCAUCUAAAGAGGCUUUUGAGUCUAACCAGAAACCAUUUUUGGGUGUGGCUCAGAGAAAUUUGUACAUAGGCAAGCAUAGUGCAGGAAACAAACAGGGAAGGACAGUUUAUCCAAUGCAAUGUAUUGAUGCACAAUCUGCAUGCCUUCAGGAGGCAAGAAUAUUUUCAGUUUCCAACCAAUCAAAUCAAGUGAGUCCUGCUCUUCAGUCUAAUCUUGCUACAACCGGAUUGAACAUGGUCAAUUCAGUCAUAAAACCACAACCUCUUGGUUCCAAAUCCUCUGGCACACCUCUAUCUGUUCUUCCAUCAAUAGGUUCCAUUGUUGGAUCCACUGACUUAAGUUUUUCCUUCAGGAAUAGUUCCAAAUCCUCUGGCAUGGCUACACAGCUCACCAUUUUCUAUUCUGGUUCCGUAUGUGUUUAUAACGACAUAACUCCUGAGAAGGCCAAGGAUAUAAUGUUAAUGGCUGGAAAUGGGUCUGCCCCAACUCAGAAAAUGGCAAUUUCCACAGCUAAAUUGCAGACAGCAGUUUCUAUUCCCUCCAAAGAUGAUGGUUUCAUUAUGAGCCAAUCAUAUUCUCCCUCACCCCUCCCAACCUCUCUCUCAUUGACCUCUCAUGUCAAUUCUCAGCCAGGAGCAGGAACUUCUAGCUACAAUAAGCUUGCAAUGAUAAGACCAAUAGUAGGAUCUUCAAUUGCCCCUACUAACCAUUUGGAGUCCCCUAUCGUUGUUGGUUCUGUAGGAUCUGCAUCUAAGGAAAGUGCUCAACCAGUAUACUUGCCUCAGGCACGCAAAGCAUCCUUGACUCGGUUUUUGGAGAAGAGAAAGGAAAGGAUGACGAGCACAUCACCAUACUUUUAUAUGAGCAAGAAAUCAUCUGAAAGCUGCUCAUCUGGAUCAGACAGUGCUAGUUUCUCCCUUAACUUCUCUGGAUCCUGUUCUGUACCAGCCACCAACUAGCCCUACAUACGUGAAUGGAAGUUUAGAUUUAUAUACUUCUGUAAUUGUAAGAUCACUUUUUUGGUCGUUGAUAGAGAAAUUUGGUAGGCAUUUUUGUCCUUAGUAUUUUCUUUUGGUUUCUGAGCUUUUCAUAGUUAUUACUUUUUGUAGCAAUACUUCACUACAAAGUUCCUGCAAGUCUUCAUUUAUGAUUUUUUUCAACUUUUAUCAUAAUGUAUAAUUAUUUCGUUUAUACAUAAUACAAUGAAUAAUCUUCAGAUUCAUUAUGGCUAUUGGCUGGAUAACUGACCAAUGAUUAGUAUAUUUUUAGCUGAUACAUGUCUAAUUACAUGGCCAACAAGAAAAUUGGCUUAAUUUCUUUGGGCAAUUUCUGGAGGAUUCCAUUGUGUUUGGAUAUAAAUUGAUGAGUUAUAUGGAGUAAAGUUUUUAUUUUUAAAGAAACAUGGAGUUAAGUUAAUAUAGUGUAAUGAUAUUUCUGAAUCUUAAUUUCAGGUGAUAACAGAGAAUCUGUUUUUAUUAAAAUAUGAUUCAAUAACUGUUGAUCUUCAUAUAUGUUUGGUUGAUGAAGUGUGAGACACACACGUUAGGGGAUUGCACUAAUGCAAAACCAACAUAUAAACGUGCAUGUUUUGUGGAACAGCAUUUGUGCCACAAAAGAGAGGAAAGAAUAAAGAGCUUUUGAUUCCAUAUCAUUUGAGGUUGUUGGUUCUUUGUAAUUUAGCUUACGUUCUAACUUUUUUGCAUGGAUGGUAAAGCAUCAAACAGGGGUUUCACAAAAAUUUUCUUGUGUACAAUCCACAUGGGUGACGGCAAUUUAUAAGCAAAUGACGUAUAUUUGGGCAUUUCAAAACCUUUGUUUCUUGUUUUAUCUACAUACAUUUCAUGGUGCUUAUCCUUUUCAAGCGAAUAAAAGGCAAGCCCUUUAUAUCCCAGUUGAUUCUGUAGGAAACUUAUUGUUCUCUUGGAAAUCACAAGCAUAUAUUUGGAAGUGUAACGUAUAUAAAGUUUGACUAGU